AUAACAAUGUUUUAAUAUAAACAACUUCGAUAAAUCACCAAAUGCAUUUAAAAUCAGUACUUUGAACUGAACUGUUGUACUCAAAAAUGGCAGCAGCAAUUAGAAGAAUAAUCUGCACCUCCAAAGCGCCCUUACCAGGUGCCUCACCCUAUAACCAAGCUGUAGUAUGGAAUAAUACUGUAUUUGCAUCCGGUGUUGUGGGAAUGGACAAAGAUACGAUGAAAAUCGUCCCGGGUGGUGCAGCAAACGAAGCCAGACAAGCUUUAAAAUCGAUUGGACACAUUUUAGAUGCUGCAGGUUCUUCUUAUGCUAAAGUUAUUAAAAGUACUGUGAUGCUGAAUGAUAUUAACGAUUUCACUGCUGUUAAUGAAGUUUACAAAGAGUUUUUCAAGAAGGAUUAUCCUGCUAGAUCCACUUAUCAAGUAGGUAAGUUGCCUUUAGGUGCAAGUGUGGAAAUCGAAGUGAUUGCUGCAGUUGGGGACGUCACAAAUGCAACAAGUAAAAUAUAAAAUUUUAGUUGUAUUACUAUAGUUCUUUAUUAUUUUAUUACACGUAUAUAAUUUAUGUUUUCUUAUAAUUAAACACAAAAAUCUGAAAUAAAAAAUUGUGUACCAACUA